CUCCUCCCCUGUUCGUACACUCACACAUAAUCCCUCUCCCAUUUCUGUUUCCUCCGGCGAUUUUACAGUCUGACACCCACGAAACCUUGCAGACUAGCCACCUAUGGACACUAAAAUCCUACGAAUUUCAACCAAUUGGAUUGCUUCCAAGAUUAUAUAUAAGACCCAUGAAGCCAUCCAGCUCUUCUUCACCCUUGAUCAAAGUCUUGUUGUUUGGGUAUGCACAAUUGCUUAGCCUUUUUUUUUUUUUUUUUCCUUCUUUGUUUUGGAGCUUAAUAUCGGUGGUUUUCUUGAUUUAUUCCCAUCUUGUCAUCAUUUUUUAAUUUGGUUUUUCUUCUUUUCCUCUGUUUUUCGGGCAGGAGUUGGAAGCAAUUUCUAAAGCUAUCUGGAGCUUAUUUGGGUUUGUGAAUCAAUUUCUGAAGUAAUUCCUGUUUAAGAGAAUCAUGAAAGGAGGAAAGAGCAAAAGAAUGCAAACAGUUAAGCUGAAGGAAAAAAAGAACUCGAUCAAGGGUUUGUUUUACUGUAAGGACUGUGCUGCAGUCAAUUGGGAUGAAUAUGAUAAUGUUUUGGAAAUGACACUCAAGGAACUUAAGGAUCAUGUCAACUGGCACGAGGCUAAUAACCAAGCUGCUGAGGAGCAUGCAGUGGAAGUCUGAAGAUGAGAGAGAAGAGAGGAUUAGGAGUAGAUACUACUAAUCUUCUAUCCUUUACAUAUAAUAUGUCAAGUCUUGGAUUAUAUUUAGUGUUUUAAGUGCUGGACGCUUUAAAGAAUGGGUAUGCGUAUUGACUGAUGUUUUAGUAUUAAGUUGAAAGUCUAAAUGAUAUGGAUUUCACCAUGCUUCUCUAAUUUUCUGGCUGUUUGAUCAUUUAAAUUGGAAUCCGAAAUGUUUGUGGCUUUCGGAGCUAUGUUUUAUAUCAUUAUAAACUCGUUGAAAGAUCUUGUAUCUUUCAGAUUAC